AUGUCUGGGAUUUCUGCAGAUGACUGCUGCAGUGCAUGCAGUGCUCUUGUUGCUUGCAGAGGUUGGACCUUCAAGUCGGGUAUCUGCUCGCUGAAGCGCCUUUGUCCUCUGACAGACUGGCCACCUGAUCUUGCAAGCACAGCAGGGGCUUCGCCAUCUCCGCCGGCGCCCGCCAUACCCCAGAGGUGCAGAGACUCCAAUGCGCAAAGCCACGGGUGGCCCAGGUUCAGUAGCCAAACCGAACUGAGAGCCUCUAAGUGGGCUGCAUACUUCGAACGUGUUUAUGGCGAAGUUCCAGAAGCAGGAUAUCCCAUCUGCACUUGGGAUUUCUGGUACUUGGACAGGGGUAGCUAUGAGCAUGCUGGCAUCGAGGGACACCCGGUAAAGUCCGUGAGUGACUGGCUACACGGUAUGGGCCAUGUGGAUGUUGGUGACUUGUAUGAUGUGAAUGUCACUGAUGUAAGCAAGGGCACUUACAAAAACGGACUUUGGAUCAACCACGUGAAGGGAGGCUACGGAAGGCAAGGUUAUGGAGCCGCUAAAGACCACCAGUGGAUCGAAGUGCGCCACCAGGGCGGAGGGGUGACAGGUGAAGAAGUUGGCAUGUGGUUUGUUUACGCCCCUGGUAGUGGUGUAUGGUUCAACACAGGGCGCACACGCGUUUUUGAAACGCACGCCGUUGCAGCCGAGAAGUUGUGCGGUCGGCAGGUUGGGCCUAACGAUGCAACUGAGAUGGUCAGGUGUGCUGUAGAGGCUGGCAAGCUGGACAGCUUCCAAUUGCAGUAUGACUGGGACGUUCCUGAAAACAUUGAGAUUGUUGCUGUGAACUUGCAGGGCGUUUACCCAUGUGGAGCCGCGACAUCUGGGACGUCUGCUUCAUUUCGUUCAGGCUGGAUGGCAGCAAACCCGUGCGACUGUGACAACGAUGCACCUCAUGGCUUUUUGAACUGCAAGCCCGGCGAAACUUCUGUGAAAGGAAAGGACUUGACAAGACCAAUCACCUUGUCCGCGCUCCCAUCAACAGCAGCUUCUCUCAUAGCAACACUGGUGGCAGCCGCCGUCUUGG